AUGGCAGUAAUAUCGACACCCAUUACAGAACUCUUUGGCAUCAAGCACCCGGUAUUUCUAGCUGGAAUGAAUGUAGCCGCUGGGCCAGAGUUAGCUGCUGCUGUUUCCAAUGCGGGGGGCUUAGGAGUGAUUGGGGGACAUGGAUACACACCCACUAUGUUGCGGCAGCAGAUCAAGGCCAUUAAGAAAGACCUGAACAACCCCGGCCUUCCCUUCGGUGUUGACCUUCUACUCCCUCAAGUCGGAGGUAGCGCGCGAAAAACCAAUUACGACUAUACCAAAGGUCAACUCGACGAACUUAUCGACGUAAUAAUCGACGAGAAGACAUCACUCUUUGUAUGCGCUGUCGGAGUGCCGCCUAAAUCUGCGGUCGACCGUCUCCAUCAAGCAGAAAUUCCGGUGAUGAAUAUGGUCGGACAUCCGAAACAUGUUUCCAAGGCACUGAGUGUAGGUGUCGACAUUAUAUGCGCUCAAGCCGGCGAGGGUGGCGGUCACACUGGUGAUGUACCUGCUACUGUUCUCAUUCCGGCAUGCGUGGACGCAGUCAAAGGCCAUAAAUCCCCGCUCAAUGGAAAGCCUAUAUACGUUAUCGGAGCUGGUGCGGUUCAUGAUGGGAGAAGCCUUGCUGCUAACUUAGCUUGGGGAGCCCAGGCCGUUUGGGUUGGUACCCGUUUUGUUGCAUCAGUAGAGGCCGGUGCCCCCAAAAUCCACAAAGAACUCGUUACGAUGGCUAGUUUUGACGACGUUAUCACCACCUUGAUCUAUACUGGGCGACCGCUUCGAUGUUUGCGGACACCUUAUGUACAGGACUGGGAAACAAAUCGCCAAGACGAAAUCAAAGAAUUGACGUCGAAGGGGAUCAUUCCCGCAGACAAGGACCUUGAAGAACAUCCGGAGAAAUCUAUCUCAGCUCGCCCAUGGUUGAUGGGGAAGGUUUCUGCGCUCAUUCACGACAUUCUUCCGGCCAAAGAUAUCAUUGAAAACAUGAUCAACGAGGCAGCCGAGAUAAUCCAGCGGGAUGCAUCCCGUGUGGUAAAAGCUAAGUUGUAG